AUGGCCAAGGGGCAGCACAAGAUUAUAUUGCUUCUUCUUGACCUUUAUUGCCUUCACCGUCACGUUUCUGUCUUCACGGUAUCAUCACCAAAACGGCAAAGAAGAGGUCACCAUUGGAAAAAGACCACACUUUGGCGGACUCGACCCGUGGUCUUUUUGCAAGGAACGAAAACAAGAAGAAAAGGGGUUAACCCUACUACCUACCGUCCAGAACAUACAGAUGUCCCCGCGAAACAUGUGCCUCAGCUAGCGAGCAUUUUGCAGUUCCGGCCGCGCGAAGAUUUCGGAGUGCGAGCGAAACGAAUCAGCCGAGAUGCCAAAUCCCUACCGUCGUUGCUGAGGCCUAGUCGGCUGGAACGGGCAUUACUUCCUCCCCUCGGACAUCUGUGCAACGGUUUGCAUAAAGCACUGGACUACUCUGUGGUGGAGGUCGUGCUGCGGCAUAUCCAGCUCGAAGUGGGCGAGCGGCUCAACAACCUCAUCUGGGGUAGCGAGCUGUUGAGUCCAGAACAGAUCCGGCGUGUGGGCAAUCUGCGAGCCUUGCAUGCCUUAUGGCUGCCGAGGAAGGAGUAUGAAAUGACCUUCUUGGCGUCGACGAGAGAUUUGAAGUGGCGGUAUCAGGAGGACCAGUGUGAGGCGUGCAUUGUUUCGCGGAUAACGGGGGAUAUGGAAACGUUGCUGGAUCUGCUUUGGGUGAUUAGGUCGCGGGCUACUGAUGAGUUUCUGGCGAAAAGAGGUAAUCCGCGUUUGCACGUCUGGGUACAUGCUUGGAUAAGGGCUUUGAGUGGCCAUGUCGCGGAGAAGACGGGGGAGAGGAUUGACGUCGAUGCGGUGAUUGGGAAGGUUGAAAGGGAUGCGAGGGAGUUGAUGGGUGUGAGGACCAAUAUUCACGAGUUGAGAAAGGAGAUGUUUAAGGAUGUCAUGGGCGAUAAGAAGAAUUGCGAGGAUGGACAAGGGGAGAAGAUGAAGAACGUACAUCCUUCCAGCGAUGGCGAAGACGGAGAUGAAGUUGGGGAUAAGGUGUACAACUUGAACGGGUGGGAUGCCGAACUUGAAAUCAUCAACGCCUACGCUGCGACCAACAGCACGCUGGCUCUGUCAAAAGGAGUUGCCAGUGCACAGCAAUAUCAAGGGGAUGCUCAUUCUCGAAGGGGACAUGCCACCGUCAGACCAGACACGGUUUCUGCAGAUCCUGCCACGAAAGGGAAGAGCCCUUACCGCCAUCAUCAUCGAAUGCCGGCACAGGAGUCAUGGGAGACAGCACCCGUUGAGAGCUCAAUGUAUACGAUCACCUCCUCUGCCACAGCAAGCAAGCGUGAUCUUGAUCUUGGGUACAAUCCCAAGAGCAGACAGUCGAAGGCGGGCCAACCAUACAGACACGACGACUCCAACGCUUCGAAUCUCAUGCGAACUGAAGCAGCCCGUUGCCCAGCCGAUACGUACGUCAACUUGCUCGAUUCACCUCCAUUCACGUCUGACAGGCCGAAUCUUCCAUCGACCACGAUGACAACAAUCACAACCGUAGGUCCGGCGGAAGAUCUGGAAUGCACAUCCUCCAAAGAGGGCGUGAUAUGGGUUCUAUACGACAAGAGUGCGGAAGGAGAUGACAACGUCGAUACUCACGGCGAUGGUCGAAGUCCGAAUUUUGAUGGCCGUGCAACAACCAGUGGCAAGGCUGUCGACUUAACAUCCACGGCAACGUCAUUUUCCCCCUUGCCAUCGGCGCCGGAAUAUGACAGAGUGAGAGGCAGAGGCAGAGGCAGAACACAUCAUAAUCCGCCUGCACCCGUAACCACAGCCCGGGCAACAGAGCGAAGGAAGAAAGUGCGGAGAGUGUCGUUCCAGACUGAGCCUAGCAGUACUAGUACUAGCUUGACUGCUGCGACCACUGCCAUCGCGACUACCAGUAGCACUACGGUUUGGAGCGGAUCGUACGCGAGUGGUCUGGCAAAGAAAAAGGAAUUGGGUUGGUUCUAUGCUGGAAAGAGGAAGUAG